GGUGUCUCUGAAAAUUCCAGAGCAGAUAAAAAACCAAAGAAAAAUCCCAGAGCGCAACUUGGAGAAGCCGAGAAGCUCUUCUCAACCCUGGUGUUCAGAUCGUGACGUCACGUCAACAUGGCUGCUCACACCAUCAACAGUCCACCCCCGAGGUGCAGCGCGCUCCUUAAAGUCUGCGCUCAGUGGAGCGCAACCGGCAGCGCAUCGCGUGAGGACACGAGGGAAGAACGGGGGAGCAACACAGACGACUGAGGAGAAAAAGAGAAAGAGAGAGAGAGAGAGAGAAAGAAAGAAAUAGAAAUAGAAAUCUAGAAACUAACCACACGCACAGGACUCGAACUUCCAGCAUGUUGAGGUUGAUCGCGGGUUGGUGGUGCUGCUGCGCCGUCUUGGUCGCAGCAAACUUCACGAUGGAGAACGACUUGGGCUCGGCUUUCGUGCACCGAGCGCUGCGCAGUCAGGAGCGCCGGGAGGUUCAGAGAGAGAUCCUGUCCGUGCUCGGUUUGCCCCGGCGGCCGCGACCUCACUCGCCGGAGCGGCGCACGGCGGCGCCCAUCUACAUGCUGGAGCUGUACAACGCGGCGCUGGAACCCGCUGCUUCCGGUUUCUCUCGCGCUGCGGCUCCGGUUCUGGCUCCUGCUCUCGCACCGACGCCGACACGGCGAGACCAGCGCUAUCUGAGCGACGCCGACAUGGUGAUGAGCUUCGUCAAUAUGGUUGAUCCUGAAGAAGACCCGCAUGUGUUCCACCAGUUCCACCGAUUCGAUCUGUCCCGCAUUCCCGAGGGAGAAGCCGUGACUGCGGCCGAAUUCCGCGUCUACAAAGACUUUGUUCACGAACGUGCCGAAAACGAGACCUUUCACGUCAGCGUGUAUCAAGUGCUCCGGGAAUACGAUGACAGGGAUUCGGAUCUGUUCUUGCUGGACUCGCGGGUGAUUUGGGCAGCAGAAGAAGGCUGGCUGGUGUUCGAUCUCACAGCUACCAGUAACCACUGGAUUUUGAACCCAGGUCAGAACCUGGGCUUGUUGCUUGUUCUGGAGAGUGCAGAUGGUGACCGUGUGAACCCCAGGGUUGCAGGGCUGGUGGGCAACCAAGGACCUCAGAACAAGCAGCCAUUCAUGGUGGCGUUCUUCAGAGCUACAGGCGUCCGUUUGCGCAGCGUCCGCUCAGCUCCCGGACACAAACAGAGGAACCAAAACCGCCCAAAGACUCCUAAACACACACCGCCUUCCAGCCAGGAGGCCCUGAGGUUGGCAGAGGCAGCAGAGAAUGUUAGUGUGGACCCAAAACAGGGCUGUAAGAAACAUGAACUCUAUGUCAGCUUCAGAGAACUGGGAUGGCAGGACUGGAUUAUUGCCCCAGAAGGCUAUGCUGCAUACUACUGUGAGGGCGAGUGUGCCUUCCCUUUAAAUUCCUACAUGAACGCCACCAACCACGCCAUUGUGCAGACGCUGGUUCACUUCAUAAACCCAGAAUCCGUCCCGAAGCCGUGCUGCGCCCCCACUCAGCUCCACGGCAUUUCUGUCCUGUAUUUCGACGACAGCUCCAACGUCAUCCUGAAGAAAUAUCGCAACAUGGUGGUCCGAGCGUGUGGCUGCCACUGACGGACGCGUACACACACACGCGUACAAGUCCAGACGCUCGGCUGGAGGAUGGAAAAGCGGGAGAUGGAAUUGAGGCCAGCCGUGCCUUCAGGAGCCACACGUUUAAUAAGACUCGUUACUGGAGGGGGAAAAAAGCUGGACCGCUGUGCUGUGCCCACGUGUUUCAAGUGCGUCACAACUGCAGUCGAGUCGAGUGGGAGCUGCUUUUAUUAUACGCUGUAGAACUGAGAAUGGUUUUAAAAAGGUUCAGCAAAAGAGCACAUGAUGAGAUGUGUUAAAUUAGUGUUUAGGCACACUUUCCUCGCUUGAGUCACUGGAGACCGGGUCAAAAACAAUAUCAGUGUGAUGAACAGUGGGAAAUUCUUUUCAUUUUUGGCGUACAGGAAUCAAAGUGACGUAAAAGUGUUGUUUUUUUUUCCACUCAGAAGAUUUAUAAGUGUGUGAUUUAUACAUGCAGGUGGAUGUUUGGUGUGUGUGUGUUUUCUCUCAACCCCCUUGUGGCAAAACCCCCAUCCCACACGCUGCAUUUAUCACACAGCCCGAGUGUUCAGCAUGUGUUAACUGCCGGCAACAGGACCAUCACUUACUCCGACCUCUCCUCUGAAGCGGGUCCAAAGCUGCGGGUGGCGGCCUGGACAGCAGCAUGUGGUUCUCAUCUGUGUUCUCUCUGUAGACCGGAUGAUAAAGCAGCUAAAUAGAACUGUCUGGAUAGGGACAGGUGCAAUUGAUUUUUUUUUUUUUUUUUUUUUUUUUU